UCCGGGUGGGGUGGGGCGGGGCUCAGGUGGGUCCAGAGAAACGGUUGGGAAGAUCAUAGCCUGAUCUUGGACCUCAUUCACACGCACUCUCUUUUAUUUAUUCACUCAGAAGGAGAGAAAUAGUGAUGGAAGAAGAAGAGCAAAAAGUUAUGGAAAAGAGUUGCAAGGAAACUCCUGUUCGAGUUUAUGCUGACGGGAUUUAUGAUCUCUUUCACUUCGGUCAUGCCCGUUCUCUUGAGCAGGCUAAGAAACUGUUUCCGAACACUUAUCUCCUUGUUGGAUGCUGCAAUGAUGAGAUCACCCAUAAGUACAAGGGCAAAACUGUUAUGACUGAGAAGGAACGCUAUGAGUCUCUUCGCCACUGCAGGUGGGUUGAUGAAGUUAUUCCAGAUGCGCCAUGGGUAAUCACCAAGGAGUUCCUUGACAAGCAUCAAAUUGACUAUGUGGCACAUGAUAGUCUUCCUUAUGCUGAUGCAAGUGGAGCUGGAAAGGAUGUGUAUGAAUAUGUUAAGUCUGUUGGAAAAUUUAAGGAAACAAAGCGGACUGAUGGAAUUUCUACUUCUGAUAUUAUAAUGAGAAUUAUCAAAGAUUAUAAUCAAUAUGUAAUGCGUAAUUUGGACCGUGGUUACACAAGAAAGGAACUAGGUGUCAGCUAUGUGAAGGAGAAGAGAUUGAGAAUGAACAUGGGACUUAAAAAAUUGCAGGAGAGAGUGAAGAAACAACAAGAGAAAGUGGGAAAAAAGAUUCAAACGGUGGGAAAAAUUGCUGGAAUGCACCCUAAUGAAUGGGUUGAAAAUGCAGAUCGAUUGGUUGCUGGAUUUCUUGAGAUGUUUGAAGAAGGCUGCCAUAAAAUGGGAACAGCAAUCAGAGACAGAAUACAAGAACAAUUGAGGGCACAACAGCUGAAAUCUCUUCUUUAUGAUGAGUGGGAUGAUGAUGAUUCAUUCUAUGAUGGUGAAUACUACUCCGACUAAAGGGGCAAAUAAACUUUUGUGUUUCUGGAUUAAGGAUCAUUCCUAUAUAUAACUAAGCUACCCUUUCUGUAAGGAGAAUUACUUGAAGGAUACUGGAUUUCAUACAUGCAAGAUGGUUUUGUACAUUAUUUUCCUUUGUACAUAGUUUGAUUUGAUUAUAUUUUCUUGUUAUAAGAGAAUGUAACUUUUAAGAGUACUGGUGGGACAGACCUUCAAUCAGACCUUUCUUCUUUACUCUCUUUU